AGUGUCAGCAGAAAUAUGGCGUGUGUGACGUAAAGUAAUGAUUCAGCUCGGUAGUUUAAACGUUAAUUUGGAGUCAGUGUAAAACGGUCGGAGUUUAACGGGUGACCUCUGGUUGUCGGCGUGAGAAACCCCGGGGGGGAGGAGCGGUGAGAGAAGCGAGUUUAGUUCAGGAACGGCAGCCUCCAAGACGAAGUGUCACCGCCUGCACCAGCGCUCUCAGCAGGGGACAAGGAGAGCCUGUUUACGGUCAUGGCUACCCUCGGGAACUCGGGAGCCACCUCCAGCCCAAUGGUGAUCCUGGCGCCGAAGACCAAAACGAAGAAGAAACACUUUGUGCAGCAGAAGGUGAAAGUGUUCCGCGCCAGCGACCCGGUCCUGAGUGUCUUUAUGUGGGGCGUCAACCACUCGAUCAAUGAUCUCAGCCAGGUGCCUGUUCCUGUCAUGCUCCUCCCUGACGACUUCAAGGCCAACACCAAGAUCAAAGUCAACAACCACCUCUUCAACAAAGAAAAUCUUCCAGGACAUUUCAAGUUCAAAGAGUACUGUCCUCAGGUCUUCCGAAAUCUAAGGGAACGGUUCGGUAUUGAGGAUCUGGACUAUCAGGUGUCGCUGACUCGCAGCCCCCCACUGAGGAGCGUAGACGAUCAGGGAGAGGGUCUGCUCCUCAACUCUUACGACCGAACGCUCAUCAUCAAGCAAAUCUCCAGCGAGGAUGUUGCAGACAUGCACAGCAUCCUGUCUGAGUAUCACCAGCACAUAGUGAAGUGCCACGGAAACACUCUGCUGCCACAGUUCCUGGGAAUGUACCGGGUGAGCGUGGACAGCGAGGAGACCUACCUGAUCGUUAUGAGGAACAUGUUCAGCCACAGACUGGUGGUACACAGGAAGUACGACCUGAAGGGCUCUCUGGUGGCUCGAGAAGCAAGCGACAAAGAAAGGGGAAAAGAGCUUCCUACCUUCAAGGACAUGGACUUCAGGAACAACAUGCAGAAGGUUUAUGUAACCGAUGAGGAGAAGGAGAAGUUCAUGGAGAAGCUGAACAGAGAUGUGGAGUUUCUGGUGAAGCUGAAGAUCAUGGACUACAGCCUGCUGCUCGGUAUCCACGACGUGGGCCGAGCUGAGCGGGAGGAGGAGGAGGGUGAGGAGGUUUCCAACGAGGAAGAACAGGAAGUAGAGAACGGCCUGGCUCUGGGCACUGCGGUGGGAUCUUAUGGCACGUCUCCAGAGGGCAUCGCCGGCUACAUGUCCUCCUGCAAACCUCUGGGGCCCGGAGAGUUCGACCCCUACGUGGAUGUGUACGCGAUCGGGAGCUGCCCAGGGGCCCCUCAGAGGGAGGUCUACUUCAUGGGCCUGAUUGACGUGCUCACGCAGUACGACACCAAGAAGAAAGCUGCUCACGCAGCAAAAACUGUCAAGCACGGGGCCGGUGCUGAAAUCUCCACAGUCCACCCCGAGCAGUACGCCAAACGAUUCCGCGACUUCAUCUCUAACAUUUUUGCGUAACACUGCCACAGACGGAUCCGACUGAGAGCUAUAAGUCAGUUUUAUCGUUGACCAAAAAUAACCUGCGCACACAGAUCGUUAUUUAAAUUUAGUGAUCUGAGGCGAGACCACGUACUUAUGUUGUAGCAAUAUAAUGUACUACUGCUGAUGCAUAUAUUUAUUUUUAAGAUUUAAGAUCUAUUUCUUAUAGAUGUUAAACACUAUUAACAGAUUAACUCUGGAGCAAUAGGGUACUUGGAAACAAACUGCUGUUGAUCAGUGUUCAUAGUGUUAAAUCACAUCAGUGAUAGCUGUUUAAUCUCAUUAUAUUUCUUCCUUUCUCUCUUCGCUCUGGGUUCCCCCGGCAUGAACUAAACUUAAAUGAGACAUAUUUGGAAAUAUGCUGAUUCUCUCUCUUGCAGAGAGUUAGGUGUGAAGAUUGAUUCCACUCUACCACAAACUAGGUCUUUUCUAGCGUAAUCUAGCUGUUUUCAGUCUUCUCUAACUCAGCAAGAAAGCAAAGAAGUGUCAAACUGCUCCUUUGAAUCCUAAACUAAUCUUUAAUAGACGAGUAUUUAAAAGAAUAAUGGUAGUCUAGACAGUGUAGUGUUCAUGUCUAGUAUGAUAAUAUUAUUUAUAUACAGAAGCAGGCCAUUUGAAUGUUUGGAGUGCCAAAUGUGUGGGAUCAAAGCUUUAUCAAAGCAGGAUUUGCACUUUGCAUACAAUUAAAUCGACUCUGUGAUGACAGAGCAGUUAAAGGAAACACAAUCUGAAUGGAUCAAACACUGUUUUCCACCAAAGUCUCAACUAAAUUUCAAACAAAAUGUACACAACGGCCCCGUCAUUUAAACAGAAAGCAUAUCAGAUUAUUUAGCCAGCCUGGUUUCUCUUAGCUGCCGCCGCCUGUAACGAGGACGAGGGCUGGCUGGUCCACAGAGCUGAGCCUGCACUAAAGACGCGGCUGGUCCAGAGUUCAGGAUCGGUCCUGCCCAAAACACGUCGACGUGUAAUUCGACAUCAGAACACUUCCUGAAAAUGAGCCCCAUCCAUCGUCAAUCCGGACAGAUUCCCUCUGAACACGGUGUGUAGUGUUGUGUGCACUGACAUGGAAAAUGUGCGCUGUGAAUCAUCGUCAUAGGAUAAGAUUUAUAAAAAUAUAGCGAUAGAACUAGAAACUGUGGUCUGUGUAUUGUAAUGAUUUAGUGAUAACCAGGGUACUGUCCUAAGUAUUUUGACAGUAACUCUACAUUUCAGUAGCUAAUGCAGUUAGCCUUAACACAGUGAGAUGAUGCAGCAUUCCUCAAACACCGGCAAGGCAGCUUAGAUACAGUAACACUCUGUGAGGCCUCAUCUACUCGAUGACUGCACAUGUUGUAUUUUUGCAAAUCAGCUUUUGGACCAAAAUAUAUUUUACAAAGAAUU